GACCGCCACUGCUCAGACUGACGUUUCUCAUCAUCGUCACAAACACGUCACGUGUUGGAAAAGUCGGCUUUUGUUGCUCUUACAUCACGUUUCACUUACAAACCACGACAUUUUUACACGUGCACGCCCGCACCCACGCGCGAGGAGCUGCAGAUGCGAGUGACGUAGGAUGAGGAAGUGCGCGUUCGCGGAGCAGAGCUCCUCCUCCUCGCAGAGCUGCGGGGGAAUCCCGGAGGGGCGUGCCCGCUGUUUGCGCGUGAGUGUGAGCAGCACGUGCAUCGUGAAGGGAGCGGACUGAUUAUCGGUUAUUGAUCAGAAGCAGCGCGCGCCGUCGCGCCGCCAUCACAUUGAAUGUGUUCAGAGCGCGUCCUCGCGGCGCGCCCCGCGGCUGCGCGCGCACCUCCGCCCGCCGGUAACAGAGCACCGCGCGGACCCUGAACCGGUCUGAACCCGAUCCUCGGACCGUCCUCGCUGUGGGCGGAGUCUGAAGCGCUGACGUCACAGCACAGCUGAUCAGCGAUCGAUACUUGUGUGAGGAGUUGCAGCACGUGACUGUCAACUGCAAAAGGCGUUCUCAUUGGUUGAGGAGGAUGACGUGCUGGUGGUGAGCCAGCGGGGGGGCGAUGGCCGGCGCCUACAGCAGCCGGGACCUGGUGGAGGACUUCCUGCGCUACAAGCUGCUCGGCAGGGGCGUGGCUUGGCCUCAGCGCCAGGCCAAUGACGAGAGAGCCCCGCGUCCAGACCCUCCUGUGGCCCCACCCUGCCUGCAGACCGUGCUGCGGAGCGCCGGCGACGAGUUGGAGCGACUUUACGGCAACGAACUGUCUGCGCAGGUGACGGUGCUGCAACUGCGUGGGAGCGGCGGUGGCGCUGCACGCCGGCGCCACCUGACGGCUAUCAGAGAGGAGCUGUUCAGGGAUGGCAUGAACUGGGGACGCAUCGUCGCCAUGAUGGAGCUGGGCGGAGCUCUGAGCGCCGCGGCCGCCAAGUCGGGCGACGAAGGUCAGAUGGACGAUAUCGCCAGCUGGAUGGAGGAGAGUCUGGACUCGCCGUCGCUCCGGAGAUGGAUCCAUGACAACGGAGGAUGGGAUGCUUUUGUGGAGCUGUAUGAGUCCAGACCCACCGACAGCUUCUGGUCCCUGAGGACAGUGUGUGGACUGGUCGUACUGGGAGCAGUUGGGGUCAUACUGGGAUUUCUAUUCAGCCAGAAACAAAACUGAUGGGAGGUGUUAUUUGGUCCAGCCAUGGAGCUGCAGUUCCUGUGGUGUCCACCAGCUGCUGCUGUGCUCCACACUGAGACUCUGAAGGACACUGACUUUGUGUGGGUGGAUUUUUAUGGGGACGUAAAUUUCACCACCAAAAUUCUCUGAGUGUUACUUUUAAGGCUUUGUUGGCUGUUUAAACUUUGAGUUUCUCAUGGUCACAAUAACAUUCAGCCAAAGGACUCCAGGAAGACCGACCUCCAGCUGACUGUAAAUAAGGCAUUCUCUCACUUUUUUACUCUGGAAGUUUCCUUCCAGCCUUUAUGUUAAUCUGAGCAAAAGACAUCCUGGACCUGCAUCAGACUAAGCUGGCCUGAAAUGAUGAAGCAAAGCAUUUAAGGAGGAUUCACAGGAACAGCCCAGUGAACGGACAGGAAGCCAGCAGCUGUCAGAGGCACUAACAGCUGCACAGCACCAGAAGAAGCUCCAGCAGGACUGUGAGCCAACGGCAGCGCCUGAUUGGAUCAGCUUCAGAUCAGGUGACUGAGAUCCAGCUCGACCAACAUCGAAGAAAUGUUUAUGUGGUACAUGAAGCUGAUGAAUAUCUCAUUAUUGAAGUCUGGUUUGGGACGCAGUUUGGUGCUUAUGUUAGCACCAGUGAGGAUGAUGAUGAUGGUGACGAGGAGGAGGAGGAGCCAAACCUUUGAAGAAACUAAGGAACCAUGUAAAAAGAUUUAAAUGUAGCAGAAAUGCUGAAACCGUCUAUAAGGAUGUGCUGUGCCUCAGACUGUGUGAAACAGAGACCCAUGUUCAUUUCCUGUUUGCUCUGCCUUUCAAAGUAAAGGUUCUACUUAAACAGACUGCUUAUUAAAUCAUUGUUGUAUUAAA